AUGAACAGCAUUCGCCAAAAGCUCAAAAGUGAACUGCAAAGCUUCAAUGCUCAAGCAGAGGAACGACUACGAAAUUUGUCCUUCUGGAAUGGAAAACAAGAGGCAGAACUGAGUAGAUUGAAUAAUACGCUUGUCCAGUUGGAAGCUAAAUCACAUGAUGAACAAACGCAUUUUGUCAAAACAGACCAGCUCACAGAAACCGUGUCCAGCUUAAAACAGUCUGAUGAGACUCUCGGUCAGGAAAUCUUGGCUAGUAAGGAAACAUGCGGAGCACGCUUCCAGAGAGUUUGCGUCAGGAUAGAUGCGCUUGAAGAACUUAUUGGUAGAUCUGACGAAAAGAUAGCGAAUCUUCACACUCUUGUCCAGAAAGACAAGGAUGUAUUUGGAUACGAGUUGAAACGAUUACAGGAACAUAAUACCACCUCAAUGACCAACCAUUGUUCCGUUAUCCAAAAGUUAGGAGAGCUGGACAAACAAAUUGCGAAUAUCCGUGCGAUUCACGAUUCAUCAGAAAAUACACUUUCAGGAAGAAAAGAUGGAACAGUUUCUAAACAUACUGAAUUACAGGAGGAGCUUCUCGGCCCACUGCACCAAAAGAUCAAUGCAUUGGAGGCUUUAAUCAACAACAAUCCUAAUCAAUUAACAACAACUCACGCUGUUCAAAGCCUAGGUGUUCCAGACGUCAUCUUUGUUGCCAAAUUGCAGGAAGAGCUUCUAAGCCCACUGGACCAAAAGAUCCAAGCGUUGGAGUGUUUAUUCAACAACAAUUCCAAUCAAAUAACAACAACCCACACUGUUCAAAGCCUAGGUGUUCCAGACAUCGAAGAACUUCUCAGUCCACUGCACCAAAAGAUCCAAGCAUUGGAGUCUUUAACCGACAAAAAUUCCCAUCAAAUAAUAUCGGCUCAAGCUGUUCAAAGCCUAGGUGUUCCUGACGUCAUAUAUGUUAUUGUUGCGAAAUUACAGGAAGAGCUUUUGAGCCCAGUUCACCAAAAGAUCCGAGCAUUGGAGUCUUUAGUCAAUAGCAAUUCCAAUCAAAUAACAACGACUCCCGCUGUUCAAAGCCUAGUUGUACCAGACCUCAUAUAUACCUGUGUUGCCAAAUUACAGGAAGAACUUCUCAGUCCACUGCACCAAAAGAUCCAAGCAUUGGAGUCUUUAACCGACAAAAAUUCCCAUCAAAUAAUAUCGGCUCAAGCUGUUCAAAGCCUAGGUGUUCCUGACGUCGAAGAGCUUUUAAGCCCAGUGCACCAAAAGAUCCAAGCAUUGGAGUCUUUAGUCAAUAGCAAUUCCAAUCAAAUAACAACAACUCCCGUUGUUCAAAGCACAGUUGUACCAGACGUCGAAGAGCUUCUCAUCCCACUGCACCAAAAGACCCGAGCAUUGGAGUCUUUAAUCAAUCAAAUAACAGUAACUCACCCUUGUCGAAGAAUUGGUGUUCCGAACUUCGAAGAGCUUCUCACCCCACUGCACCAAAAGAUCCAAUCACUGGAGUCUUUUAUCAACAAUAAUUCCAAUCAAUCAACAAACACUCGAUCUAGUAGCCUCAGUGUUUCCAACAUUGAUACCUCGAUAGAAAUCCAGACCCCAACACAACCCAAUCCUUUAGAUAGUGCCCAUUCCAAUAUUAUAAGGGACUCCCCAUCUGGCGACUUGUUGAUGAGAUCGCCAAGUUCAGACUCCAGUACUGGAACAUGUGUUCCAGGAAAUCCGGUCAGCAGACGGCAAAAAUCAGAAGGCUAUCUUCCCAGUCAAGCUCUUCAGCAAAUGCAAGUCACACUCCUUGAGUUCAACAUAGACCAAGAAUCAGCUCCAGACAAAGCCUUCCUAACACCAAUAUUGGAUACGGCGGAAGAAUGCCUACAGGUGCAAAUUCUUCUUUCGAUGAUGUUACAAGGACUGAUCAAUGGUGAAUCUUGGAAGUUCGAACUCGAUGCUAACUCCGGCACAAUCGUCAAGGAAUAA